AGAUGGCGAAUAUUGUGUUUUACGAGGACCGGGACUUCCGUGGAAAGUCCUACGACUGCAAAGGGGACUCGGCUGACCUGCAGGGCUUCAUCCACCGAUGCAACUCGGUCAAGGUAGAGGGGGGCUGGUGGGUUCUGUACGAGCGCAACAACUACACCGGCUACCAGUAUAUCAUCGGUCCUGGGGAGUACAAUGACUACCGCCGCUGGAUGGGCUUCAAUGACUGUGUCAGAUCCUGCAGGAUCAUCAGGAACGCCAAAGAGGCGUACAAGCUGAGGCUGUUCGACAGGCCAAACUUUGUCGGUCAAUCUUUGGAGUUGACAGAAAACACAAAGUACAUCCAGGAGAAAUGGCUCGGACAGGAAGUCCAGUCCUGCAAGGUCCUGAAGGGCUCCUGGAUCUUCUUCGAACAUCCCAACUUCUGUGGUCGCCAGUACCUGCUGGAGAAAGGGGAGUACCGACACCACUCACAGUGGGGAGCUCUGAAAUCCACUGUGGGCUCCAUCAGAAUAAUCUUGGAGCUGUAAAUGAAACCAGUUAAAGUAUCUUGUAAUGUGAUGUUAUGCAUUGCAAUAAAUUUAUU